CGUUUCUUUCCUUCGAUGGCCUUGUGCCCGUUCAGCAGGCUCUGAAUUAGCAUUACCUGUUUUUAAACCCGCGUCAAAAGGACGAGGUCCCGAAAUAUAAUUCAAAAAGUCUAAUAGGAGAAGAGGAGGCACUCGGUGGUGUUGGAUUGGAAACUGCACGGUUCAAAGUUCAAGAGUAUUUGGAAAAUUAGAGGACGAAUCUGCCCGGAAAACGAUAUCAGACCGACGAUUACGAAAGACUUGCUACGAAACGUCAUUCGAGAAAGAUGUCUUACUACGGGGGCAAUCAGUAUCCGGUGGAGAAACCGUCGGAGAGGUCAAGAUGGACGCCAUUAACAAGAAUGUUGCUAUCGGGAGAGAUGACCCAGGAACGACAGAAGGAAUUGACGAUGCGAGAAAAGUUCGACAAGUGGAUGAUUAACGAAGGAUACCGAAGAUUUUUCGUCUUCGUUUUCAUGGUUCUUCAUGCCUUCGUUUUCGCUUUCGGAUUCGUCAAUUACGCCGUCAAAGACAAUUUACAGGUUGCGCGAGAUACGUUCGGACCGACUUACAUGAUUGCGCGAUCAGCGGCUUUGGUGCUUCACGUGGAUGUCGCCAUGAUUCUGCUGCCGGUUUGCAGGACAUUUAUCUCUAUCGCGAGACAGACGCCUCUAAAUGGUAUCAUCCAGUUCGACAAGAAUAUCACGUUCCACAUUACGACGGCCUGGUCGAUCUUCUUCUUUUCCUGGGUUCACACGAUUGCCCAUUGGAACAACUUGGCCCAGAUCGCUGCUAAGAAUAACCUGGGUAUCUACGGAUGGUUGGUUGCAAACUUGGUGUCUGGUCCGGGCUGGACUGGAUACAUCAUGUUGAUUGCGCUUACGGGAAUGGUGGUGACUUCGUACGAGAAGCCGCGACGAGCGAACUACGAACGAUUCUGGUACACGCAUCACAUGUUCAUCAUCUUCUUUUUCUUCUGGUCCUUCCACGGUGCUUUCUGCAUGAUUCAACCCGACUUUGCGCCGUUCUGCGUUUCAGUCGGUAGCUCUGCUAUCGGUGUCUUCUGGCAGUACUGGAUGAUCGGAGGAUUCACAUAUCUGGCCGAGAGAAUUGCUCGCGAAUUGCGUGGUCGCCAUAAGACUUACAUUUCCAAAGUCAUCCAACAUCCCAGCAACGUCUGCGAAAUCCAGAUCAAGAAGGAGAACACGAAGACCAAGGCCGGACAGUAUAUUUUCUUUUGCUGCCCGGAAGUCUCACUUUGGCAAUACCAUCCGUUUACCUUGACCAGUGCGCCCGAAGAGGAUUAUAUCUCCAUCCACGUACGUAUGGUUGGUGAUUUCACUCGACAACUAGCCACGGCACUGGGUUGUGAGUUUGGAAAGAAGGAUAGCAAGGACGCCUCGAAGGUUGUUGGAGUUGACGGCCAGAACAACGAAGUUGACCCUGCUUUGCGAAGAGUCCUGCCUCGUGUCUACAUCGACGGUCCUUUCGGAUCCGCUUCUGAAGACGUGUUCAAGUACGAGGUGUCGGUUCUUUGUGGUGCUGGUAUCGGUGUUACGCCAUUCGCGUCUAUUCUGAAGUCGAUCUGGUAUCGAAUGAACUACCCGCAGAAGAAGACGAGGCUUACGAAGGUGUACUUCUUCUGGAUUUGCAGAGAUUUCGGCUCUUUCGAAUGGUUCCGUUCGCUACUUCUGGCCAUCGAGGCCCAAGAUGUUGAUGGCCGAAUUGAAAUCCACACUUACCUCACUGCUAAGAUCAAGGCAGAUGAUGCGACAAAUAUCAUGAUCAACGACGCCAACGCCGACAAGGAUACGAUUACCGGACUGCGAAGUCCCACGAAUUUCGGACGACCCAACUGGGACAUGAUUUUCCGAGGUAUCCGAAAACUGCACGCGCCUGCUGAGGCUGGUGUGUUCUUCUGUGGACCUAAGGGUCUCGGAAGUGCGCUCCACGUCUUCUGUAAUAAGUACAGUGAACCUGGCUUUUCUUUCGUCUGGGGCAAAGAAAACUUUUAAAAAGUUUACGUAUUAUUGUCAAGACCUGGUCGAUAUGCUGCCAGUAAAUCCGAAAGCAUUGCCUAAUCACUGGCGCGGGACGCAGAUGACCAUUAUGUUUGUGUAU